AUGGUCAACUCCUCCUUUGUCAUACUGAGUGACUACAACCUCUCCCCUGAAGCCGUCGCUCCUGCCUUUCUCUUCGCAACCCUGAGCUACAUGAUUAUACUUUUCUGCAACCUCAUUCUCAUCCUCACCAUUGUACUGAACAAAUCUCUGCACCAGCCCAUGUAUCUGAUCCUGCUGAACCUCCCCAUCAACGACCUCAUUGGCUCCACAGCCUUCUUUUCACAGGUCAUCAAGGAAAUCCUGACAAACAGCCGGACGAUGCAUUACUCCACUUGUGUCGCCCAAGCGUUCUUUAUCCACAUCUAUGCGGGGGGUGCAGUGUUUUUCCUGAGUGCCAUGGCGUACGAUAGAUACAUCGCCAUCUGCUGCCCUUUGAAAUACAACACUGUCAUGACGAACGCUCACAUCAUGAGAAUAAUCACAAUCGUGUGGCUGAGUUGUUUGCUUUUAAUAGCCGUGCUUUUCUUUCUGCUUCUGCGUUUACCCCGCUGUCGAUCCGAGAUCACACAAGCCUACUGUGAUAAUCCAUCGCUGCUGUCUCUGGUCUGCGCCAAAACCACCGUCAACAACAUUUAUGGGCUUUUCAUGGUCGCCAUUUCCCAGUUGAUAGCUCUUGUCAUGAUUGUGUACACAUAUCUCCAGAUCCUUGUUGCGUGCUUCAGAUCCAAACGCUUGGACACGAGAGCCAAAGCUCUGCAGACCUGUGCCACGCAUCUCAUAGUCUUUCUGCUGUUGGAGUGCCUGGGGCUCUUCACUAUCAUAUCAUACAGGAUACAGAACAUUUCCCCACAUUUGAGGAGGUUCAUUGGGGUCUCAACCUUAAUUUUCCCCCCGACACUGAAUCCCAUCAUCUAUGGACUGAAAACUAAAGAAAUUCGAGAAAAAGUGGUGCAAUUUUUUAGGAAUAAAAUCUUUCCAUAG